AAUCGACACAGAGAUAACACUUAUUUUGCUUUCCAGAGACAGACACACAUGCUGUUUUGUAAGGAUACUUCUGAUACCUGGAUAUAACCAUGUUUUUGUGGUUUAAAGUCUUGGUGUUUGGCUUGGCCCUUGUGGACACGGACGCUGUCGAUAACGUGACAACACCACCAGAAACAACAUAUCAUGCUAAAGUUGAUGAUCUGAAAAAUGCUUCCUCCAUGCAACCCACCAAACCAUCCACUGGCAUUUCAGCAAGCACCUCUCAGACUCCCUCAGACAUCACCACAACCACAAUAGAACCCGCUACUACUCCCAAGGACUGCAGUACUUAUAAUUUUUCAGUGGUGAACUAUACAUUUGAUAGUUACUCUGUCAAUGCAAAAGUUGCUGGGACACACCUUUCUGAGUUGCAAUAUGUGCACUCCUGUGACGGCUGUCAAUGGAAUAAGAAUAAUGAAACGGUUUCUGGACUUCAAGACUGCAGAUCUUACAAAAUACAUGGACAUUUUCUUAAGUGUGAAAACUCCGAAUUCAUUCAAAUCAGUAAAGUUCCCCCUGUUGGAAGCAGUUUGAGUGCAACCAGUGUCACUGACUCCACUAUCACCUUACUGUGGAAUACUCCACAAGACUGUAAUUCAAAAUAUACAUACUGCUGUCAUUCCGGUGCACAGAAUACAGAUUGCACUGGAAGGAGUAUUGAUGAACCUCACAAAGAAAUCUCAGUUUUAGCACCCAACACCAAUUAUAGUUGCAAAUCAGAAAUAUUUUUUGAAAACAAGAUGGUGAACAGCAAAACUAUUUAUAUAAAGACAGAUUUUGGAAAGCCAGGGCAACCUGAAAUUGUUAACGUCACAACAUUUUCAAGACAGAUUUCAAUCCACUGGCAGAAGCCAAGCAAUGAACAGAAUGGUCCUAUUCAUGGCUACAAGGUCCAUAUCAGAUAUCCUCAAGAUGAACCGGAAGAUGUUUACUUGAACACCAGUAAGCUUUGGAAUGGAUUAACGCCUUUCACAAAUUACAAUGUAUCGGUAUGGGCAUAUACUUUGAACAGCCAUAAGGUCAAAAUUGAUGGGGAGCAAUAUGUCAAACUCAUUCAAACGGAUGCAGAAAAACCAUCAGAUCUGGAAAGCCCAGUUGCUUUCGUACGAGGAAAAAACAAUGAGGUUCGGGUUAAAUGUUCAGGACCAAACAUGUUAAAUGGACCUAACAAAACUUAUAUACUGCAGUGGGAUGGUUACCUGAAGCAAAAUGACUCAUGCAACUUUGAUUUAAGCCUUUUCUUCCUGACAACAUACAACUUUACAAUUAUUGUUUCAAAUGGACGCUUUCAGUCAAAACCAAUUUAUAUUGGAAUAACAACCAGCUUCUACGACCUCAACAAAGAGAAAUCAAGAGAUUCAAAUGAAUCUAUGAGGCUUGUUGCGCCAGAUGAUGACAAGCAACUGAUGAAUAUAGAGCCAAUUCCUGCAGAGUUGUUAUGGGAAAGCUAUAAAAGAAAGAUAGCAGAUGAAGGAAGACUUUUCCUGGAUGAAUUUCAGAGCAUUCCCAGAGUUUUCAGUAAAUUUUCUAUAAGAGAUGCACGCAAACCGUACAAUCAGAACAAGAACCGCUAUGUCGAUAUCCUCCCUUAUGACUAUAACCGUGUGGAGCUCUCUUCAAUCAUCAGUGAUCCAGGUUCCGAAUACAUAAAUGCCAGCCAUAUUGAUGGUUUCAAAGAACCGAGAAAAUACAUUGCUGCCCAAGGUCCCAAAGAUGAGACAAUGGAUGAUUUCUGGAGAAUGAUCUGGGAGCAAAAGGCAACAGUUAUUGUCAUGGUGACUCGCUGUGAAGAAGGAAACAGGAACAAAUGUGCCAAAUACUGGCCUUCCAUGGAGGAAGAGACUGCCUAUUAUGGGGACAUUGUCGUAAAGAUAAGUGACUGCAAAGUGUGUCCUGACUACAUUAUUCGGAAGCUGCAUAUCACAAAUGCAAUUGUCCGUCUUUACCAUCUUGUCAGUGCUGGUGUUGGGCGCACUGGAACCUAUAUUGGAAUUGAUGCCAUGCUAGAGGGACUGGAGACUGAAGGAAGAGUGGACGUUUACGGCUAUGUUGUAAAGUUACGACGGCAGCGAUGCCUCAUGGUUCAAGUGGAGACACAGUACAUCUUGAUCCAUCAAGCUUUGGUUGAGUAUGUCCAGUACGGUGAGACAGAAGUCAGCAUCCCAGAACUGCACAACUACCUUAAUAACUUGAAGAAAAGUUAUCCUCUCAACGACCCCUCUCUUUUGGAAGCAGAAUUCCAGAGGCUGCCUUCAUAUAAGAACUGGCAGACACAGAGAGCUGGCAACAGAGAGGAAAAUAAAAGUAAAAACCGGAGCUCGGUUAUUCCAUAUGACUAUAACAGAGUAUUAUUCAAACAUGAAGAGGAGGGGAAGAGGGAGACUGAACUUGAUUCCAAUGACUCUUCAGAUGAGGACAGUGACUGUGAGGAGUCCGACAAGUAUAUCAAUGCUUCCUACAUAAGUGGCUACUGGCUUCAAAAUGCAAUGAUAGCAACACAAGGGCCGCUGCUGGAAACCAUUAGUGACUUCUGGUCCAUGAUCUACCAGAGAAAAGUGAAAGUUAUUGCUAUGCUGACUGAGCUGAAAGAUGACACUCAAGAACUAUGUGCACAAUAUUGGGGGGAAGGAAAACAGACCUAUGAUAAUCUCACUGUUGAACUGAAAUACACCAACUGUUGUUCUGGCUAUACCCUUAAUCUCUUUGAUGUAACACACGUGAAGAGGAAAGAAACCCGAGAAGUGUUUCAGUAUCAGUAUCACAAUUGGAAAGCCUUUGGUCACCCUGAAUCUCCCCAAGACUUUAUCACCAUGAUUCAGAGCCUCAGACAGAAGCUUCCAGCACCACCUAUAUCAGCUGAAGCAAAUAUGUACAACAAGAAUGUCCCACUCGUCAUUCACUGCGGUGAUGGUUCCCAGAAAACAGGAAUAUUUUGUGCCUUGCUGAAUCUCCUGGAUAGCGCAGACACGGAAGGUGUAAUAGAUGUUUUCCAAGUUGUGAAAUCUCUUCGUAAAGCCAGGCCAGGAAUGGUAUCCACUUUUGAAGAUUACCAGUUUCUUUAUGAUACAGUUGCUAGGGUGUAUCCUGCCCAGAAUGGACAACUGCUAAAAAGCAAAUCCCAAGAACACAAAGUUAAUAUUCACAAUGAGUCAGAGGAAGAAGAGAACGCCAACUCUAGUACAAAGGAUGUCUGCAUUCUGGUUCAAGAAAAUGAGAAUGAUGUGAAGUUGGAGGAUGAUUCCAAAGUCACGGCAGACUCUAGGGAAGGAGAAAGUGCUUUGAAUGGACCCACCACUCCAGUUUUAACUGAAACAGCCUAGAAACACUUUGAACGUUUCCAGUUAAAACAUCUGCACAGGCCAUGGUGAAUUAAGAAGCGUACAUUAAGAACAUGAGAGAUGUUUCCUUUAGAUUCCUAAUCUGUUUUUCCUCCUUUUGUCAAGAGGCUUUGUACAAAUCCUGAAGUUUCAUGGAACAGGUUAUUUGUUUAUAGUUAUAGCACACUGUGAAGUGUGUGUGUUUACGUGUGCAGAAUGGUGUCUUUCAUUGUUGGUGAAAAUGUAUCUUCUCUACAAAAUGUAGAACACAGAGCUAUGAAAAAACAGUAUAUAACUGAGAAACAGGGGGGGAAGUCAAAUGCUUCCUUGUAAUAUUUAAAAAUAAGAAAUAUUAUCACUAGAACAUCUUAGAUACAUUUCAUCCAUUGUAUCAGCUUAGGUAUACAGAAUGGGACCCCAAGCACAGAUCAACUAUACCUGUACCAGGAUUCAAAACAUAGUGCAGCUACUUCUGGAACCUAAGAGGGGAUUUUAGAUAUCAUGCAACUCUGCAACAUAACAUACAAUUUAGAAAAUGGAAGAAAUUAGUGAUGAUGUGGCAUGAAGGUGAACUAUUCAUUUUUUAAAGGCAGAACUCCCACUGGACAUGCCCAAGUCUUUGGACAUGCCUAACAUUGGUUCCCAACCACAGUUAUUUACAUGUUCAUUUUUUAGCCCCUAAGAGGGAAAAAUACAAGAAUUAUCCCUGAUUGAACAUUUCAGCUGGUAGGACUAUUGUAAAUACAGAACACACAGUGAACAGGAAACAUUCCUUGACAUUGGUGAAUCGAACAGCCUGCAGAGUGUUACAAACGUUUUGAAGCCCACACAGGUCCCUGAAAGGACUGUAAAAAUCAGCAGUAUUCAUCAAGUAUUCUAUAAGCGAAGACUGGAAUCAGAUGCACAGGAACAAUGAAAUCAAGCAAUGGACAGUAGUGGUACAAAAUCAAGCCAAAAGUUAAGAUCUGCAUUUCUCAAACUGUCCUUGAGAUGUCACUAUCUUCCCAGAAAUUCACCCAGCAGUUUUAUUCUGGAUCAUCAAGAAGUACUAAAUAUUUUGCAAAAUGCAGGUUGAAAUAUUACUCAGUUGACAUUUUGAAUUCACAUGUUAU